UAUUUUUCUCAGUUUCUGCAUAAAAAUGAUUGGUUUUAAUUUUUGUUUUUAUGGUGGAAAUCGUCUGUUUUUUAAACGAACCACAUGCACGAAUGGAUCAACGGGAUUGUCUGAGCUGUGUAAAUAGUGAGGCCUGUGUGUGAAGAGUGAACAGCUGUUGGUGGCACGGCUGUUUGGACUUGGAGAAAACCAGUGAGCUGCCUACCUAUAGACCGUUUCUUUGGAGGGACAGCCGACAGUUAAUUCAGUGGUGGACCAUUGGAAAUAAUUUUAAAUUUUAUUAGCUAGCUCUCACACCUGCUGCAGUUUCUAACUGACAUGCCGGUGUUUGUGGAAGACCCCGCUCAGUUCUCCAAAGAGAGACUUAAGUCGGAACUGACGGCGCAUAAUGUGGAGUUGCCCCCAGCGGAGAGCAAGAAACACGUUUAUGUGGAGCUUUAUCUGAAAUAUGUGAAGAAAAACAGCACUGAUUUCUCUAGUGAUGAAGAGGAGGAUCACCUUAAUGACAGCUCAGUGGAAGAAAGAGAAGAAUCAUUAGUCAUGGCAGAUGUGGACUUACUGACUGAUGAUCAGCUGAAAGCCAAACUGCUCCAGUACGGAUUCAAAACUGGACCCAUUGUAGCUUCCACUAGAGCCUUAUAUGAAAAGAAGCUUCACAUGCUGAUGGACACUCCAACAAAGGCAUCACUGCAAAGGGUUAAUGGCACAGCUGAUGGAAGCCAGUACUCUGAUAGUGAGGAAGAAGAGGAUAAGGAAUCUGAGUCUGAAAUUGUGUCCAAGACUGAGACCAGCAAAAUGACCAGCAAGGGAAAGACUCUGCACAAGUCAUCCGACAGCAGCCAAAAUGGAUCUUUGGUUCAAAUCGCGUCACCGUACAGGUCCUUCAGCAUCUCCCAGAUGGUGGAAGAGAUUGAGAACAGAUUCAGUCCUCAGUCACAACACACAGAGAUUGAGAGGAGAUCCAGUCAGAGAACUGAGCUUACGGUGGACAGCGGAGCCCAGCGGAAUUUCAUGAGCCUGGACAAAGACACCAUGACUGGCAGAUCUCUGUGUUUAACACCUCAAUCACCCCAUCAGAAACAAACUGUCACAGAGCCUGCAACCGAUGUUCUUACAGAGAUGUUUGCUGGCACUGUCAAAACUCCUACUGGAAUCUACGCCACGAAGAGACGGCCUAUAAAGGGAGCCGCAGGCCGUCCUGUGCAGUUUAAAUACCAAGAUUUGCCACUACUGAGUCCCACUACACUGGAAAGGCAGGAGAUUCAACAGCGCCUGGUGCCUUUGUGGGUUCAGACCGUGGUUUUUCUACUGGUGGUGUGUCUGUUCUGCCUCAUCUACUUGUACAUGAAAAUGCCACUCUUCAGUCCGUUGACUGCUCUGCUGGAUGGUCUACAUGAGGAACCUGGUUUCAUAUCCAGCUCACAGGCCACUCCUGCAACUGAUGUUGCAGCUUAAGUUAACUAUACCAAGAAGAUACUGAUGCUUUAGUUAUGGAAAGAUCAGUUCCUUCUAGUUCAUCUCAGGUCCUAUUCAGCUAAGCGUCCUCUCUUCUGGAUUUUAACUUCUAAAAUUGUCUCUCUUCGCUAGAAAAACUGUGUGUAUUUGCAUUUACUAAACUUCCUGCAUAAGCGAAUCAUCCUUGUUAACUGGUCUCAGGAAACUUGGUAUCAUUAGUCUACAUGAAAUGAAAGGAGCACUAUAUCAUAGCAUCACUCAGAUGCAGCAUUUUUCUUACCACAUUAUGUAUGUUGUUGUAAGUAGUACUGUGCAUGGAGUGUAUUGCCUGGUUGAUCUUUUACUAGAUAUAUGUAUUUUAUACAGGUUGCUUUCCUCAUUUGAAAGUUGUUUGGUUUAUAUGUACUGAUGUAUUCAUUCAACCUGACAGUGGAAAUCUUCCUUCCUGAUGGAACAAUUGAAUUCACCCUGUAGUGUAUCACCUUUUUCGAUUUUAAAAAAUUGUGU